AAAAUUCAUAUUUAUGCAAAACCAAAAUGCUACUUCUCAAAAUUUCCCCCUAAGAACCCCACCUCUCUCUCCUUCGCUCUCAGUUUCUCUUGCGUCGUUCACCGCCCCAAAGCUGGUAGCGACUUCCUCCCUUUCUCUCUCUCCCUCUCUCCUUUCUCCAUCGUUGCUCUCUCUCUAAAUUGACCCCCCUGUACGGUACCACGCCGGCGUCUCUGGUUGUGCCGUACACCGUUUCCGCCACUGGAUGUUUGCUGUGCCAAUUUGUAUUCUUGAUUUUUAGAUUUGAAAAUGCUGUCCAGUGGCACAUCUGGGUGAAUUUUGAGGAGCCAACGACCAGAAGUAAUUGAAGGAUUUUGAUAUUCUUUUGUCUAUUCGCCAUUAGUAAAUUUCAACCAUGGCAGCCGGAACUGCCAGCUUUAGCAGCAAAAACUUGGACUCGAACCCGAUGGAAAUGAGUAAGGGAAUACAAAUUGAAGGAUACCCGAUUAAGGGCUUGUCCAUUGGAGGCCAUGAAACUUGCAUCAUUUUCCCAACACUCAAUUUGGCCUUUGAUAUUGGUCGCUGCCCUCAAAAGGCCAUAAGUCAGGACUUCCUCUUCAUCUCCCAUGGUCACAUGGAUCACAUUGGGGGACUUCCCUUGUACGUUGCUACCCGUGGAUUAUACAAAAUGGGACCACCAACAAUUAUUGUACCAAAAUCUAUAAAGAAUGAUGUAGAAAACCUUUUAGAGGUGCACAGAAGAUUGGAUCAAUCUGAGCUGAGAUGUAAUUUGAUUGGCUUGGAAGUGGGGGAAGAGUUGUCAUUGAGAAGGGACCUCAAAGUGAGGGUGUUUAGGACAUACCAUGUCAUUGACAGCCAGGGUUAUCUGCUUUACUCUGUAAAGCAAAAGCUUAAGAAAGAUUACCUGGGACUAUCUGGCAAUGAGAUCAAGAAACUCCGCUUAUCUGGUGUAGAGAUUACUUACACAAUUACCGAGCCUGAAGUGGCUUUUACAGGAGAUACCAUCGACUUUAUAGUUGAUGAAAAUAAUAUUGACGUAUUGAGGGCAAAGAUCCUAGUUAUGGAGAGCACAUUUCUUGAAAAUAGAGUUAAAGUGGAGCAUGCUAGAGAAUAUGGACACACUCACUUAUUUGAGAUAAUAAAUCAUGCGAAAAAGUUUAAGAACAAAGCGAUUCUUCUGAUUCACUUUUCAGCACGCUACACUACAGAGGUACGUCUAAUGCCAGUAUAUUGAUCUCUCAAGUUCAUGUUUUUAUUGAGUUUUAUUGUGCAAUGCUUCUAUUAGGUGACAUCCUCUUCUUCCCACUUCCAUCUCCUUUAUAAAGAGGAUUUAUAAGACUGACAUUUUAUUUUCCAGUAUGUACUGGUAAGUGUAAGGCUCCCAAUUGUCCAUACAUAUAGAAGAAGGGGCAAAAUGGUAAAUUUACAAGCAUCUAAGGAUGAGGGAAUGAUGGAAGAAGAUCGUGCAAGUGGGACCCAUAGGCAGGAAUGAGAGAAAGUGGUAAUAAAUAGGUCUUUUUGGGAUUGGGUAGCUAGGUUUUUUAUUAUCUUUUUGAUAGGUAUGGCUGCUGUGGCUUGAGGAAUUAUUCAACUAGCUUAAAAGAGGCUGGGUUCUCUUGUGUCUUUUCUUUGUUAUGUUGCAUAUUGUGACAACUUUAAUCACUCUUUUGGCUUAUAUAUAAAUAAAGUGUAUCAAAGUACUGUCUCUGUUUUGCCAUUGUGUGGGUAUUUUAGUGUUUUAUCGGUAGAUUCUCUACAA